UGCAUGAAGUACAUACAAUACAAUGUAGAAGAAGCACGAGGCGCAUUGAUGAUAGUGGCUACUGUAAUAGCAACCAUGACUUUCCAAGCUGCACUGAACCCACCUGGUGGUAUCUGGCAACAGGAUUUUAUAACCGUUUCAGGCGGUCCUGCAUGUAGUGAUACAAAUAUAUGUGAAGCUGGAACUUCUGUUUUAGCCUAUGCCUACCCAGAUGCGUACAUUUACUUCCUGAUGUGUAAUGGUAUUGCUUUCUUUGCAUCAUUGUGUGUGGUAGCUUUGGUUAUUGGUGGAUUUCCUCUCCGGAAUAAGCUGUGCGUGUGGCUUCUAGCACAGGCCAUAGGUGUCACACUGAUUUUCCUGGCACUAAGCUACAUACAGGGUAUAUUCUUGGUGACCCCACAGAGAUUGAGAGUGAAGGUGGCAAAGAUGGAUAUCAAAAUGGCUCGGGUUUGUCUAGGGGUGCUUCUUGUGGCUGGCAUAGUUGAAGUUAUUCGGUUUCUUGUCUGGACAGGAAAGAAGGUGCGCAGGUUUUGGUGUAAGACUAGGAACGAAAACAGAAUAUUACGAGAGCAGCAAACCACAGCCUCAGGAGAACAAAUCAUAAGCUUGAUUUAGGACUGAGCAUCAUAUUCAUGUUUAUAUAUUCAUCAAGUUUUUGAUUUUGCAUAUUUAGCUCAUUAGUACUGGACUCUACUGGAACUCUGGAAUUGUACAUACUACAUAGUAUUAUGAGCUUAUUGGUUCAAAUCAAAUCAAAUUAAAGUAUUGAGA